GCUCAUGCCUAAUCAUGGCAUCACGCUCCCAUUACAUAUAUCCAAGACAACUUUUACCUUUUCUCUCACUAGAAAUGCAACACUCUCCAACAGAAAACUAUCUCCCACUAACUUUCUCUCUCUAAAACUUUUUCCAGCCCCCUGAGGAUGGAGAUAUCAGUUGCCCUCCUUUUGCCUUUGCUUUGAGCAUUGUUUGGAUGAACUGGACUGGAAUUUAGAUUUUGAGAGGCAGGUAUAAGAAAGUGUAAAAAACUAAAAUUUUGUGUUUUUGUGCUUGAAGAAAAUGGAUGUCUUGUCCUAUCACCGACGAACGAUUGAUUUCGAUAACUUGUGAUUGUCGAAAGUGGUCAGGUGAACAGUGGGUUUGAGAAUUCAAAAUCCUCUCCUGGUUUUGGAGUGAGGACCAUGGAUUCCCUGUGUGAUUUUUGUGGGGUUCAAAAUGCUGUUGUGUAUUGCCGACCGGACGCUGCUCGUCUGUGCCUAACAUGCGACCGAAAUGUGCAUUCUGCAAAUGCCCUCUCUAGCCGCCAUAACCGUGUACUAAUCUGCGAGGCGUGCAGCUCUCACCCUGCCACAGUGAGGUGCUUUGAUGAUAAGGUUUCCCUUUGUCAAGCUUGUGACUGGAAUGGGUUCGGAUGUUCGAUGGCAUCCGGGCACAAUCGACAGAGCCUUAAUGGCUACUCUGGUUGCCCUUCUCCCUCACAGAUUUGGUCGUGUGUCUUGGAUGGCUCAUCUGCAAAUUCCCACUGUUUGAUGACUACGAUUAAUGAAAAUGGUGAAAGCAAUGAUUGCUGGGAAGGUGAGGGAAAUGGUGGGUUGAUAGGCCUGGCAGGACAGAGCAGGAUUCAGGAAUUGGAUAAUGGAAAUAAGUGUGAUCUUUGGAUGCAUGCCUCUUCUGCAACGAGUGGUUCAAAUCCUGCCCCUUUUCGUGAGGAACAGCAACUGGAGGGCCGAAAUGAAUCGAACGAAUCGAAGCAUGGCUGUCCUCAAUUAAAGGAUACUGACUUUUGCGAUGGUGAUGAUCUUUGCGAAGUUCUUGGGAUUAGCGACGAUGCCUUGAAUUUGGAGAACUGUGGAGAGCUAUUUGAUGGAUCUGAAAGUCUUAUAAAAGAUGUUUUUGAGGAUACUACUAUUGACUGUUUUUUCAUGGAGAACAACUUCUCUGUUGCUGAUUCAAAUGGCCAAAGUGAUAUUGCCAUAGAGGCAUCCUCAACAGCACAACAAGAUUGCAUGACUCUUCCAUCUAUGCAAUUUGUCGGGACACCGAGAUCAAUUCAGGCCACAACAACAUGCAGUGCGACCAAUCAAGUGAUUUCCAAUCCUUGCAGCAACAGCAAUAGUGUAAACUUAGGCUUUCCUGUCAGGCAAUUUUUCUCUAGCAUUUCACUCCCACUCUCGGGCCUCACUACUGGUGACAACACUGGUUCUGAUUAUCAAGAUUGUGGGGUGUCACCAUCACCUGUGAUGUUCAUUGGUGAUUUGGAGCCUCAAUGCCCUCAGGCCAGGGAUAGUGCGAUGAUGCGUUACAAAGAAAAGAAAAAGAAUCGCAAGUAUGAGAAACAAAUACGGUAUGCUUCUCGUAAAGCCAGGGCAGACAUUAGAAAACGUGUUAAAGGAAGGUUUGUAAAGGCUGGUGAGGUUUACGACUAUGAUCCAUUGAAUGCAACAACAGGUUGCUAAGACUUGCAGUUAUGGAGCUUCUCUUUAAUAUGAUUCUUCUCACACCCAAUUAAACUUUUUACUUUAUUAAGAAUGGAAUUCUCUAGUCAUGACACAGGUUCUAUCAGCUACCGAAGGAAAUUUAUAGAUUUUUGCAACAUUGUCAACCAACGUAUUCUAUUGAAGAAAGUUGUUUUGCAGUUGCGGAGACCUAUUUCAUCAGUUCUAUUGGACAUUUGUAAAUUUGUUAAGAGGAGGAUGUUAUUAUUAAUCUGUACAGCUGCUAACUGGUCUUUUGAAUCUGUAAAAUGUAUUCAAUUUGUGUGGGAGUU